AUUUGAUAAGAGGCGAAUUUUAGAAGGCGCAACAUUAGACUAGAUAACUGAUUAUUGGCAUUGUUGAUUUGUCUGCAGUUGUCGGCAGAUGUGGGCCAAUAAAAUGUAUUUCUUAAUGGAAAUGUGGUUUCUGCUAGCCCUUGUUGGACAUUCUGCAGGGACUUACAAAGGCUGUUUUAAGGACAACUCUACUAGAGCGAUGUCAUUAGCUUUUAAAAGCAAUGAAUCUCUCACUAUAAAUUCCUGUAUUGCAUAUUGCUAUGGUCAUAUGUUUGCUGGUUUACAGUGUGCAGAGCAAUGUUUUUGUGGUGACCACACAUAUUCCAGGUACGGAGCAGUAGCAGACACUGAGUGCAAUGCAAACUGUACAGGGAAUUCAAGAGAAAAAUGUGGUGGUACUUGGAGAAACUCUGUAUAUACUACUACCGAUCUAGGUGUGGAUGAUCGGCACAAAUUGAAUAUGCUGGGUUUCACUCCAACUCCAGCUGUUAAUGAUACUGAGAAAACUAAUAUUCGUGGUUAUACGCUGGGAAACGACCAAACAACGAACAUCAUACUCAGUAUUAUACUCUUGGUCAAUCUGGAUCACCUAUCGGGAGAACCACUUUGUAAUAACUCAAAUCUUAACUUUAAUGUUACUUGUAAAUUCGAAAAGAAAAUGAAUGCUCAGUCCACUUUCCGUAUAGCUGAAAUUAGUAGCUACAAUGGUGAAGCCCGAUUUGGAGUAUUUACUGCGUACGCACAGAAAGGUAAUCGAAGUGCCAAUGCUACAAUCAUAGUUCACCAUGAAAACGGUAAGUCUAUUUUGUCAGUGUUUUUAUCAUUACUAGUUUACUUAGAACCUUAAAAUACUAUCCAAUGCCACCCGGGAAUUUGUGUAA